AUGAAGUGUCUAUUGGAUCAAAUGAAAUGGGAUGAAAUUGUGCAAACAAUGCUGCCAGUGCUUUGCAUAAAUUAUUUGUCACAGUUGUUCAAUAUAAUAGAAGCACAAACGGUACAAACAGAGCCGUUGGAUUUAUCGGUGCGGAAAGUGAGUGAGGAAGGAAUACAACUACAGAAUUUAUCAAUUAAUGAAGCGAAUAAAGGACAGACGGGAAGUACCCCUCAAUCACUGCAUUUGAGUGCUCAAAAGAAGCAUACCGGUGAAAAGUUGUACAGUUGUAUGAUAUGUGGGAAGAGUUUCGUUGAUUCAUCGCAUUUGAUAAGACAUGAGAGGAGUCAUACCGGUGAAAAGCCGUACAGCUGUUCGGUAUGCAAUCAAAGUUUCUCUUUCUCAUGGAAUUUGAUAAGACAUGAGAGGAUUCAUACUGGUGAAAAGCCGUACAGCUGUCCGGUAUGCAAUCAAAGUUUCUCUUUCUCAUGCAAUUUGAUAAGACAUGAGAGGAUUCAUACUGGUGAAAAGCCGUACAGCUGCUCGGUAUGCAAUCAAAGUUUCUCUUGUUCAUGGAAUUUGAGAAGACAUGAGAGGAUUCAUCCCAGUGAAAAGCCGCACAGUUGUGCAAUGUGCGGGAAAAGGUUUUCUCAAUCAUUGUGUUUGAUAAGACAUGAGAGGAUUCAUACUGAUGUAAACCCGCGUAGUUGUAUGAUAUGCGGGAAAAGUUUCUCGCGAUUAGCGGAUUUAAGCAGACAUGAGAGGAUUCAUACUGGUGAAAAGCCGUACAGCUGUUCGAUAUGCAAUCAAAGUUUCUCUGAUCCAUCCAAUAUGAGACAACAUGAGAGAACUCAUGCCAAUGAAAAGCCGUACAGUUGUACGUUAUGUGGGAAAAGUUUUUCUCAGUCAUCGCAUUUGAAGAAACAUAUGAAAUCUUGUACCGUUAAAAAGCUGUACAAUUGUCCGACAUGCGAGAAACGUUUCUAUCGAAGUGAUAAAUUUGAAGAUCACAUGCAAAGUCAUAGUAAUAAGUAA